GUUUUUAAUGUUGUCUGCUGUUACUAUGGAUACUGUCAUUUUGAAAUUAAAAACAAAACAAAGCCUGGUAGUUUUAUCUAUCUACAGACAGACAGGCAUCUUGACGGACAGCAGCUUUGGGGUCCUCUCUAGGAGUUGAAUGCAGUUAAAGGAGAUGGAUGUUUAUCCAGGAGUCAUUGGCGGCGAUUCUACAAGGCAUCAAGAAAGACAUUACUACCUGUUAUCUGAACUGCAGACCUUAGUGAAAGAUUUACCCAGCUCCUUCCAGCAGCGCCUGUCCUACAGCACUCUGGGUGACCUGGCUCUAGCUCUCAUAGACGGGACGGUCUAUGACAUUGUGCAGGGGCUCCUGGAUAUUCAGCACCUCACAGAGAAAAAUCUGUACAACCAGAGGCAAAAGCUGCACUGCACACACCAAGCACUCAAACAAGAUAUUGUACGGAAGAACAAAGAUGCUCUGCAGUCAUGCAAGUCUCACAACCUCGCCAUUCUCAAAACUAAUCAACAAGCAGAGCUAGAGGCUGUGGAAAUACGUGUGCGAGAGGAACAAAGGAUGAUGGAUAGGAAGAUUGUAGCAGAAAUGGAUCAAAAAGUGAUAGACCAGCAGAACACCUUGGAGAAAGCUGGAGUCCCUGGAUUUUAUAUCACCACUAAUCCUCAGGAGCUGACAAUGCAGAUGAACCUACUUGAAUUGAUCCUAAAGCUUCAACAGAAGGAGUCCCAAUCAGGAAUCAUUUGAGAAAGAGGCCUAAUUGUGACAAAAAAGAGGGCAAUAAAAUUAUACAAUUGCCACAGACUGCGUAUGCUCACAUUCCAGUAAUGGUGAGAUUCAACAUGUGUCAGUCUACGUGUGGCAUCGUUCUAUGUAACAACAUGUUGUUAUAAGUGUAAUACUCACCAUCAAAACCUGCAGGAGAAGGCUGGCUCUCGAGGGUACAAGUAAGACGUUUGGAGUCCUGGAUGUAACAGAGCAGUAACAGGUUGUGACGACAUGGAUUGUAAAGCACUUAACUGCAAUGUCGCACAUUGUUCAAUUAGGAAGUUGUUGACAAAUUAUAUACAUAUUUAAGCAGAGUAUUGAGGGAGCGGACUCUGCCAGAAAUAAAAUAGUAGAGGGUCAACAUGUUGCUUAAGGACACAGAGAUGGCUGUAACUGGGACUACUGUUGUGAACUUGCUGCAGUGAGAUGAUCUCUCACUGAUGCCUUUGACUGAAGUGUCAGUUCCAGUGUUCUGGUUCUGUUUUGAACACUUUAUUUUUUAUUUAUUUGAACAGUAUUGCGCAUUUUUUCCUCAAAUUUUGCUACUGUUGUUCCUUUAUUGUGUAUAAUAUUUUUUGAUCUGUUCAAUUUGUUUUAGUUGUGUUAAUACUAAGGGUGCAAAUAAGAUAUUGAGCUAACCCCUUAAUAUUUACAUUGAUAUCUUUUUAUAUGUCAGUUUUAUUUAAUGUUUACCGCCCCACAGAAAUAAGCAACAAUGAACAAUUGAAUUGUUGACAUGAUAUACAUAUGAGCAAAACCAGUAUGGAUGGUAGCAUUAAAAAAAAAAAUGUUGUGUUGAUUUCCCAUUACAUGAAUAUUUGUUGUCAUUAAACAAAUCUUUGAAAGGUCUCAAAAUG